ACAAGUUUCCUAUCUCGCACAUAUUCCAAUAUGUCAGCCAUUGUUUGAAAUUGAACUCCCUUUACUAGAAAUUGUUCGCAGUUUUCGAUCAUUUUUUCGCGUUUUUCCUGUGCGAAGUUUAGCCAGUUUGGUGCGGUAGCAAUACAGUGUUAAAUUUGCGGUCUCCGUUUUUUUUUGGUGUGUUUCCGAGAAGUGCAGCAACCCGAUGAAAGUAGUGCACAAGUGAGUGGUCAUCGCAACACAUACACAAACGCGGAACCCGGCCAGAGAGUGCGAGUUGAAGAAGAAAAGUGAUCUUCUGACCAAUCUAGUUGAGUGGAAGAGUGUGCAAAAAAAAGAAGUCGUUGGCGGAAGAAGAGUGUCCGGAAUAUGAUUGUUUGGUCGUGAUAUCGGAUUUAUUCAACAACAGCAACAAACGCGUACACACAAAGCAGCAACUGCGAGGAAUCGACGCGCUCUGGAUUGAACCAGUUUGCUUCCUAAACCACAAUAAAGAACCAGCACAGCCACAAGAAACAACCAUCAACGAACCGGUCUGGUUUGAGUCGGCUGUUUUCGUUUACUAUAGAGGAUCCUAAGGAUACAGUUUUUAUGAAUCAUUUCCCAUUAAGUUAGGUUAUGGCAAACUUGAAUUUCCAACAGCCUCCGAGAAGUAUACCAAGUAGUGCAUCGUUGAGUGGGAGAGGAGGUACUGCGGGUGGUUUCGGUAGCUCAUUAUCGGGCCAUGUCACACCAACGUCUGGUAUGUUUCCAACUGCAGCAACGGGAGCAGGAAGCUUCGGAUCGAGUCAACCACCUCACUCGCAACAGCAGCAGCAACAGCAGGGGCAGCAAUCGGUGGGCCAAGGUGUCCAGAAUCAACCCCCGCAGCUGUCACCGAGUAGCGCUGGUGCGAGAAACGGUGGAAAUGGUGGAGCGUCGAGUGGUGGUUCCAGUAGUGGUGGAAGCGUGGUUGGCGGAAGCAGUGCGAAUCCAGCUACCUCUAGUGCUAGUACCAACGGUUCCCAGCAGCAGCAGCAGCAGUCCCAGCAGCUUUCCUCCUCGAACUCGUCGGCGUCUAGUGGGGCGAACGCGAGGAAUAACCUCUUCGGUGGACAACGAGGCUUCGCGGACCGAAGGGCAAUGCCGGGACUUAGUGGAACGACAAUGUCUAACAUGGUCUCGUUCAUGCAGCCACGAGGAUAUGGAUCUCAAAGCGGGAAUAGCAUCAACAAUUUCCAUAGUGUGUUUGACAACGGCACGGCGGACACGGGUACGCCUCCCCUGCUCGACCUGUCCGAGUUUCCAUCGCUCACGAACGCGCGGGGUGGCCAGAGCGAUCAAUCGUUACCCCAGUCGAACGCACUGCAGCCUCCUGGGAGUAAACCGUACGGUAAGUUCGGUAUGGUAAAGCAGCCAACGUCCGAGCAAACGGAGUUCACGAUGUCGAGCGAAGACUUCCCGGCACUGCCCGGUACGCAGAACGCGGAAAGUGGUCAACUGGCGGCGAGUCAAGGGCUGCAGGGCGUUCAUCAUCAUCAUCAUUCAGAUCAUCAUGGUGCCGAUAGUCUAGGUAAGACGGGUGGUCCGAUCGGUGGUGCUGCCGGCUUGGGAAUGGACUUGCAAAAUGACACUGGCAAUUCCAGCGUGAACAUGGACAAGGGAGCUAUGAAACGAGGCGUACAAACAUCACCCAAUGGAAUGGUAACGAAUAUUCCUGCUAGUAUGGUCAAUAACCAAUUCGGUAUGGUUGGUCUCUUAACGUUCAUCCGCGCCGCCGAAUCCGAUCCAAACCUGGUAACGUUAGCGAUGGGCCAGGACCUGACGGCACUUGGACUGAACCUGACCUCUGUCGAAAACCUGUAUCCUAGUUUCGGCGGCCCCUUUGCCGAUUCUCCGGCGAGACCCCAAGAUAUCGACUACAACGUACCACCAGAGUAUUUGAUAAACAUGUCAAUAAGGGAUAAGCUGUCGAAGCUCACGCUGCAAAAAUAUAAGGAUGAUCUAUUAUUUUAUUUAUUUUACACGAAUGUUGGUGAUGUGAUGCAGUUAGCAGCCGCAGCAGAACUACAUAGUAGAGAUUGGCGAUACCAUACGGAAGAAAAGGUGUGGAUCACGCGUGUGCCGGGCAUGACACCGUACGAGAAGAAUGGCACAACGGAACGUGGCACGUAUUACUACUUCGAUGCGCAAAAUUGGCGACGAGUGCCAAAAGAAUUUCAAGUGGAUACAGUGAAGUUAGAUAAAUGUCCAAAUCUAAGUGCUUACGUUACGAUGAGUGGACAGCCUGUAUAAUAUUUAUUAAUUUGUAAUUAAAAGAAAAAUGCAGAAAACAAGAAGCAGAUGAAAAGAAAAAUUAAAAAUUUUCUGAUUCAGUAA